CCGCAAGCACGACGUACCCAACAGAAGAGGACCAAGGAGAGAACGAGCAGCACAAUGGCAGGAAACUCUUUCAUGGACCCCCCGUCGUUCCGCAAGUUCCCCGCUUUGGUCUUGUUCGUGGUGAAUAUCUUUGCUCCAGGAGCUGGAACAAUCGUCGCCGGAAUCUGCACUUUCGACCUGAAGAAUGUGCUGGUCGGCAUCUUGCAGAUGGUGACCGCCCCGAUAUUGAUCGGAUGGGUGUGGUCGAUCCUGUGGGGCUGGGAGCUCUGGCAAAGGAGGAAGACCAUCGUCUUGGGGGGUGUAGGCGUGUAAAUGUUGACGAUUGUCCCAUAUCGGUUCUCGAAGGGGUGUUGUAGAUUGUCGUCGAAAUAUGUCCUGAUUUGUUCUAGAGUAGGUGCGUGCUCUUUCCGCAGUGUGCUGCGCGAGCAGAACGAACCCUAUGCAGCAAUGACCACUGAUGUACAUGAGCGGAGCACCCAAUUGUGGAAUCUUGUAGUCAUAGGUCAAGGGCAAAACUCAAUUGCUGCGUGUGAGCCUGUACGUGUCCUGUACAGCUGCACCGCGGCAUGGAACUUACUUGUUGUGCCGAGAGACUUGGCUUGGCUUUGAGUACGCAGGAAGUCCGAAGAAGAAGAAGAUGGGUUGGUGGAAAUGUGGUGAUUUGAUCAGUGUAGAGAGAAACAGAGUGAAGCCACAGAGAGAGAUGGAUCUCUCCAGAGAACCAGAGGGUUGGAGAAUCCCCAAAGAAGCAGAGUGAGACGAUGGGGCGAGUACGCGCGCUCAUCCUCGAAAUCAUGGAAUCACACCUAUCCGACAACGUCGACUAAUCAUACGUGUUCAGAAUACGGUACUGG